AUAUAGACAGGAACAUCCCGGUAAUCAGGGGAUUUACAAUCUCCAAAUUGUAUUUUAGCUGAUUGUCUGUGUCUGGUUUCUUGCACAACUGUAAUCAAAGUUUGACAACACCCCUCACCAUAUCCAAACCUACCACCUGCCCUUUUGACCCAGUGCUAACUAAGCAUGUCAAGCAAGUUCGAUAGGGCUCGUUUGGUGCGUAUGAUAUCUUACCAUUUUGCGAGGAUUAGAUGGGAUAAGUUUUCUUCAUGAGUAAUCCAUCUUCUACCUUCAACAUAGUAAAAAAAAAAAUUCAUUUCUUCAUUUAACAUGCUAAUGUAGGAAGUUAUCUUAUUCAAUUCAAUUCUAAUCACGAAAAGAACUUAUAAUUUAUUUUAGAUUGAGAUUACAAGAAUUCAGGUGGCAUUAUUUUCAUGGUAGGCCCUACCAAUGAAACUUCGUGGUCUGAAGUCAGUGACAAUUUUCAUGCGUUUCUUGUUGAUUAGGUUAUAUGACAUCCAAUGUGUACCAUUGAAUUGUUCAAAUGACUCAAUUCUCAGCCAUACAACUUUCAUUUCUCCAAACUUCUGAAAGCACUUAAUGGAACAAUAGAGAAACUACUUGGUCUUUUGGGGGGCAGGAAAAGUUCAACAUGUCAUCACUAGUUUUGGUAGCAUCUCUGGUGGUAGGUAGUCUGUAUUGAUCAGAUGAGGAAAAAAAUCACUGUUAAAAAUUCUACUGUCAAUUUCAUUCAUGUGCAAAUCCAUAAUUUCUGUCACUCAAACCAUGUAAUUUCAGCAUGAAUUUUGGAAAUAUUAUGAAGAGAAAAAAAUUAAUUUAAAAAGAUAUCAAAACCAACAAGUCAUAUAAGUGUGGAGAGCCACACAAGUGGACCAAUCAGAAGAAUGAAUACAAGUGGAUCAACUACAGAGAAGCAUCGAUUGUAGCUCUCCACCAAUUAUUGCAUCAAAUGGCGACCUACCAAGAUGAAAAACACAUUUGAAGAUAAUUAUAACUUAUUGACAGUAAGUCUUGCCACAAUAGAAUCUAUUGUCUAAAACGUUACAAUGCUUCCUUUUAUAUCUUAUAAACAUAACAUUUCUCUGCACAGCCUACUCCAUUUGCAUCCAGACAAGGAAGUAGAGGAAGAGGAAAGAACCAACUCUUCUUCUUCUUCCUUCUUAUUAACAAUGGGUUCCUGUUUCCCUAAACAGAUAGAACGCCGUAAGGCGAUCUCAACGGAGAGGAAAACAAUGCGUGAUCUUCAUCAAAGCUGUGGUGAGGACUUUCCAGCUUGUGCCCUUAGGCCUACAGAUAGAAAAAAUUGGAUGGCAGGCCUCAACCCUGAGAAGAUUCACAUACACAAGAUUUUAUGGCCAGGAACACAUGACUCUGCAACCAACAAGAUUGGAUUUCCAUGCAUAACUAGGCCUUUUGCACAAUGCCAAACUCUGUCCAUCUACCAACAGCUUGUCAUAGGCACCAGAGUGCUUGACAUUCGGGUUCAAAAGGAUCGUCGCGUCUGCCAUGGAAUUCUUGUCACAUACAGCAUUGAUGUUGUGAUCAGAGACAUCAAGAAGUUUCUGUCUGAAACAAAGUCAGAGAUCAUACUCCUUGAAAUCAGGACUGAAUAUGGUCAUGAUGACCCUCCUGAUUUUGAGCAGUAUUUGGUGCAUCAAUUUGGGGAGGUUCUCAUCCACCAGGAUGACAAUGUGUUCAACAAGACCAUUGCAGAAUUGUUUCCGAAGCGAAUAAUAUGCGUGUGGAAGCCAAGGAAUUCACCUCCGCCUAAGGCAGGGGGCGUUCUAUGGAGUUCUGGGCACUUGAAGGAUGACUGGAUCAACACGGAUUUGCCAUCGACAAAAUUCGAAAGCAACUUGAAGUGUUUGAGUGAGCAGCCUCCAAUUUCAACAAGAACAUUCUUUUACAGGGUGGAGAACACAGUGACACCUCAGCCUGAUUACCCUAUUGUGUGUGUGAAACCAGUGACCGGUCGGAUUCAUGAGUAUGCAAGGCUGUUUAUAACUCAGUGCUUCUCUAGAGGUAUUGAAAAUAGGUUGCAAAUCUUCUCUACUGAUUUUAUAGAUGAGGAUUUUGUUGAUGCAUGUGUUGCUGUUACAUAUUCAAGAAUUGAACGGAAAGCCUGAAUUUCCAUUUUUGAGUAAUGUCUUGUUCG